AUGGCGAGUGGUGCCGGCGGGGGCGGCCUGGGCGCGGCGGGCGCGGGGGGACGGAUGCCCACGUGGAGGGAGCGCGAGAACAACAAGCGCCGGGAGCGCCGUCGCCGCGCGAUCGCUGCCAAGAUCUUCACGGGCCUCCGCGCGCACGGCGGGUACAAGCUGCCCAAGCACUGCGACAACAACGAGGUGCUCAAGGCGCUCUGCAACGAGGCCGGAUGGGUCGUCGAGCCCGACGGCACCACCUACCGCAAGGGAAGCAAGCCCAUGGAACGCAUGGAUCAUAUCGGUUGCUCCGUGUCACCAAGCCCAUGUUCAUCAUACCAAGUCAGUCCACGAGCAUCAUACAAUGCAAGCCCUACUUCUUCCUCAUUCCCCAGCGGUGCAUCUUCCCCCUUCCUUCCUCCCAACGAAAUGGUCAAUGGUGGUAUCGAUGGCAAUCCAAUCCUACCAUGGCUUAAGACAUUCUCCAAUGGUACUCCGUCAAAGAAACACCCGCUUCUCCCACCACUGUUGAUCCACGGUGGCUCAAUCAGUGCUCCAGUAACCCCUCCUCUAAGCUCACCAUCAGCCCGAACACCUCGGAUGAAGACAGACUGGGACGAAGCAACUAUCCAGCCUCCAUGGCACGGUGCAAACAGCCCCACAAUAGUGAACUCCACCCCGCCCAGCCCUGGGCGGUCCAUUGCUCCUGACCCGGCAUGGCUUGCCGGCAUCCAAAUAUCAUCGACCAGCCCAAAUUCCCCGACCUUCAGCCUCGUGUCCACCAAUCCGUUCAGCGUCUUCAAAGAGUCUAUCCCGGUCGGCAAUUCGUCGUCGAGAAUGUGCACGCCAGGGCAGAGCGGCACUUGCUCCCCCGCGAUCCCGGGCAUGCCCCGGCACUCAGACGUUCACAUGAUGGAUGUGGCCUCCGAUGAGUUUGCGUUCGGUAGCAGCACGAACGGCGCUCAGCAGGCUGCUGGGCUGGUGAGGGCGUGGGAAGGCGAGCGGAUCCACGAGGACUCGGGGUCAGACGACCUGGAGCUGACGCUGAAGCUCUAG